AUGAAAUUCUGGAGCCAUCCUGCGGCGACGCAGCCUAUUGUGCUCAAUGAACAAGCCAUAGUCGACAACCUUACUGAAGAUAACGUGGAAAGGAUGUGGGCUAGCAGAACCACAUGGGAGGACGAACAGCUCUACUUAGUCCAUGAUCGGGGCGCUAUUGAAAUCGGUCGUCCUGCUACUCUGGCCGUCAAGAAGUUCCAGAAUGAGAACCCAGCACUGCAGGUGGACCGCAAUGUCAAGUACCGCUACAAGUCGGAGAUGAUCCUGUUAGUCAGCAAUUCUCACGAUAACAUCAUCAAAGUUGUAGACCUCAUCAAGAGGGAAGACGCGAUCAUGCUCGUUUACGAGUAUCCGGUGAACGGAAGCCUUCAAUCCUGGCUGCACCAACCGAUGGAUGCCAGUCAGCAGCUAGGCUGGCCACAGAGAAAGUUCAUAGCUGAUGGUGUGGCACAAGGGCUUUGCCACUUGCACCAUGGAUGCAACAAGCCGAUUGUCCACCAUAACAUCAGCUCUUACAACAUCUUGCUUCAUCGAAAUUUCAGGGCUGUGAUAGCCGGUUUUGGCGCUGCGCAGAUAAACAUGGCCGGGCUCGGCCAACCGUUGCCAAUCACAGACCUGCCUCCUGGUAACUUUGGGUAUGCAGCUCCAGAAUAUGGGAUUGCGGCAGGCGAGCUGACAGAGAAGGUAGACACGUAUAGCUUUGGUGUGGUGCUGCUGGAGCUUGUCACAGGGAGGGUAGCCAAUGGAGGUGGAGCAGAUGGUCAUUUGGCGAUUUGGGCACAGGACAACAACAAUGAUCUGAUGGCAAACCAUCUGGAAAGGUUCAGGACUGCCAUCGACGAGCGCAUAUCAGAUCAAGCAAAGUACUUGCAGGAAAUGGCCUCCGUAUUCAUGCUAGGAGUGGAUUGCACCGUCAAGGAUCCGCAACAAAGGCCGUCCAUGCGGAUGGCUCUCAGACGACUCCGCUGCAGACGUGGCCGAUUUGAUGACCUCCUUACCUGCUAUUAA